CAAGGCCAGGGAUCGAACCCGAAACCUCAUGGUUUCCAGUCGGAUUUGUUAACCACCGAGCCACGACGGGAACUCUGGUUCUUCCAUUUCUUAUGCACUUGGUUGGGUCUGCAGCCAUGUGGUGAUUGGACUGGGCCAGGCUGGCCAAGAGGGCUCAUUCUUAUCUCGGGAAGUUGGUGCAGGCUCUCUGCAGGGGCCUCAGUUCUCCUCGUGGCCUCUCCACUCGGCCAGGUUGGACUUCCCACAUGGGGUUUUGCAUUCUGAGAGGGAGUGUUUCAUGAGUGAGCAUUCUCGGAAGAAGGAAGUGGCAGCUGUUAGUUCUCUUAUGCUUUGGUCUCAGAAUUCUCAGGACAUGUGCAUGCUGCAUUCUUUUGGUGAAAGCAGUUACAGUGAGCAUCUAGUCACAAGAGGAGAGGGAUUUCUCUGUGGAGCAGUGGGCAUGUGCAGCCUGGGGCUAAAGAUCGACAGUGCCCAUCUUUGGAAACACAUGAAUGGUCUUGCUUCUUCUGCACAUCACGUGGCUGGGCGCACAUGCAGGGGGCUGAUCACCCGUCAGUAGCUCUUUGCCUGCUUCGCUGGCACCUAGUAGCUGAGUCACGGAGAGUAGCUGAGUCACGGAGAGUAGCCUGCGCCUCAAGUAGAGUCAUUGAAGUUUGAGAAAGAAGCAAUUAAAACUCAAAAGACCAGGUACCCAAAUGGAUUCAGCAAGAACAUGCUUUGCAUGGAAAACAUUUUUUUGCCCCUAUGAUUUUUUUCUCUACAAAUGGGGCUGGUAGAACAUUUACUGUCAAAAUACCAUCCUGAGACUUUGUGUUGUCCACUAGAACAACAUGUGCUUGAGAGCUGACCUGUUUCCCAGAGUAUUUGGGUCUACUGAGAUGAGAUGGUUGAACAGAGACCGGACAGCUGAAGAUCUGUCCUGGAUGCUGCUUGAAGUGGACAAGGCAGUGAACAAUUUUGUGAAAAUCCUGUUUUUAUAUCAAGGACUUCAGAUCGUCACUGAAUCAUUAUAUGAAAAAAAGUGGAGAUUAAAUCUUUGUAAACAUCUGUGUAAACUGGAGUUCCCAUUGUGGCUCUGUGGAAACGAAUCUGACGAACAUCCAUGAGGAUGAAGGUUCGAUCCCUGGCUUCACUCAAUGGGUUAAGGAUGUGGCAUUGACGGAUGCAGUGAUGUAGGUUGCAGAUGCUCCUCAGAUCUGGUGUGGCUGUGGCUGUGGGGCUGGCAGCUGUAGCUCUGAUUCGACCCCGAGCCUGGAAGCCUCCAUAUGCUGUGGGUGGGCCCUAAAAAGACCAAAAAAAAAAAAAAAAAAAAAAAAAAAACCCUAUGUACACUAACAUGCGUCCGAGAUUCAUUACUCCAUCUUGGCCUUGAAAAUAGACAGGCUUUGUCAUUUUCUCCCCCUCUGUCUGUGCAAAAAGCAAGGCAGUGAAGGAGUAGGGUCACAGAGAGGACCAAGUGGUAGCAAUGGCCGCUACCCAGGGAGCUACCCAAGGAGCUGAGAAGAGGAAGGGCAAGAGACCUUACCCGAAGGUCAGGUGCAGAUAUGGGCAUGUAUUUUAUGAAUUGGUUUAAUCUGCAGGCAACCUGCAGGGAGGUUUGCAGCGGCAUUAAAGUUUCCAAAGAGAUAAAGACACAGUACAGGAGGUACUUUCUCUUGAGUAAUUCCCCUUGCUGCGUUCCCCUUACUUGGCUUCAGAAACUCAACCAGAAGUUUACUUUUCCUUUGUCCUUUUCCUGCUCGAAGCCCUCCACCUGCUUUAUCUUGCCCCCUCCACCCCCAUUCUCUGCCUUAUUUCUGGCACCAUCCACGGCUGGCUGAACCAGUGAGGAGCAUGCGCCAACUUUUCUUUCUAAUCUUUGCUCACAGAACACCUGAGAGUCAUGUGCAAACAUGGGCAGACAGUUCUUGGCUGUGUGUCCUAUCAAAUGUACUGUUUAUAUUUGGCAGAAGCAUUGGUUCUUCUAUUUGGUGCACAAACUGUGUCCAGCUUUAACCAUACAAAGCCAGUUGUUCUCUUUGCUCUUUCCCAUCUCCACCCACCUCCCCAUUUGCUACUCUGCCUCUUUCUUGCAGUGCUUCUCUGGCUGGGCUAUCAGUAUAGAUUUUCCUUUCUUAUUUUUGCCCCUUACUGGAAACAGACAGUGCUCCCCUCUGCUAAAAUCAGAAACCAGAAGUCUUUGCCUCCCUUCUUUUAAGGUCAUGGAUUUUAAACUUAAAGAAGUUGAAGAGUUAAUUUUUAAAAUUCUUUUGUUUCCUUUAUUGGUGAGUAAAAAACAGGUGAUCUUUAGUUUGGGGUAGAAUUGCUGAUCCAGGUGGUCUUCCCCAAAUGCUUUCAUUCUAUCUGCCUUUGCUCUCAAAGGGCCGUUUGGUAGCUCACCUUUCUUACCUUCCUUCUCCAUCGCUCCUCUUUUUUGCUGUCUGAGUAGUUGCUAGGAAACGGCUUUCUAACCAGCGCAGUUUCUUGCUGAGGGCUCCUGACCAGCUGCAGGAGGAAGCUCAACCUGUUUAGCACGGCAUGCAAAGUCUGCCCCGGUUGGGCAUCCAUCUGCCUCCACUUCAGCUCCCUCUCGUAAGCCCUGUGAGUGGACCUAGAUUCACCCAUAUUAGGAUGGUUUCUCUAAUAAAUCAAGCUCAGGGAUCUCUCCAUUUUUGUGUGCCUAUAUCAUUUUCCAUUUGCUAUUUUAUUUUUCCCCCUGUUAAGUUCUUUAGUGUUACUGUGCUGGUAGUUGCUAGACCCAGCGACUUGGGAAAAUGGGACCCAUUCUUCUAGGCUCCUUCCUCCUUCCUGCCUGGAAUUCACUACCCUCGAUUCCUGGGGAGUUCCUUUGCAUCCUCUGAGAGGUCAGCUCUGUAAACCUCUCCUCAGGCACCCCACAGGGGCAGUUGGUAACUCCCUCUCCUGUCUCCCCCAGUGCCCGCUGCUGCUGGCUUCUGCUGCAUUUUCCUGAUUGGCCUCCCUGCUGAGACUGUUAGUUUUUAAAGUGAGAUUAAGGCCAGUUUUCUUCAUUUUUGUGUCCCUGAUGCUCACCUGUAGUAAUUGUCUGAUAUUGCCGUAGUGGAGAUGAGUGAUGCCUUCCGGCAGCCGUCCUUAUUUUACCACCUUGGAGUGAGAGAAAGUUUCAGCAUGGCCAACAACAUCAUCCUCUACUGUGAUACUAAUGCAGAUUCUCUCCAGUCACUGAAGGAAAUCAUUUGCCAGAAGAAUACUAUGUGCACUGGGAAUUACACGUUUGUUCCGUACAUGAUAACUCCGCAUAAUAAGGUCUACUGCUGUGAUAGCAGCUUCAUGAAGGGCUUGACAGAGCUCAUGCAGCCGAACUUCGAGCUGCUACUCGGACCCAUCUGCUUACCUCUUGUGGAUCGUUUCAUUCAGCUUUUGAAGGUGGCACAAGCAAGUUCCAGCCAGUAUUUCCGAGAGUCUAUACUCAACGAUAUCAGGAAAGCUCGUAACUUAUACACUGGUAAAGAAUUGGCAGCUGAAUUGGCAAGAAUUCGACAGCGGGUGGAUAAUAUUGAAGUGCUGACAGCAGAUAUUGUCAUAAAUCUAUUGCUUUCCUACAGAGAUAUUCAGGACUACGAUUCUAUUGUGAAGCUGGUAGAGACUUUAGAAAAGCUGCCAACCUUUGAUUUGGCCUCCCAUCACCAUGUGAAGUUUCAUUAUGCAUUUGCACUGAAUAGGAGAAAUCUCCCUGGCGAUAGACCAAAAGCUCUUGACAUUAUGCUUCCCCUGGUGCAAAGUCAAGGGCAAGUUGCUUCAGAUAUGUAUUGCCUUGUUGGUCGAAUCUACAAAGAUAUGUUCUUGGACUCUAAUUUCAUGGACACUGAAAGUAGAGACCGUGGAGCUUCUUGGUUCAAAAAGGCAUUUGAAUCUGAGCCAACACUACAGUCAGGAAUUAAUUAUGCGGUCCUCCUCCUGGCAUCUGGGCACCAAUUUGAAUCUUCCUUUGAACUCCGAAAAGUUGGGGUGAAGCUAAGUAGCCUUCUUGGUAAAAAAGGAAACUUGGAAAAACUCCAGAGCUACUGGGAAGUUGGUUUUUUCCUGGGGGCAAGUGUCCUGGCCAAUGACCACUUGAGAGUCAUUCAAGCAUCUGAAAAGCUUUUUAAGCUGAAGACACCAGCAUGGUACCUUAAGUCUAUUGUAGAGACAAUUUUGAUAUAUAAGCAUUUUGUGAAGCUGACUUCAGAACAGCCUAUUGCCAAACAGGAACUUGUGGACUUCUGGAUGGAUUUCCUGGUUGAGGCCACAAAGACAGAUGUCACCGUAGUUAGAUUUCCAGUUUUAAUAUUAGAACCAACCAAAAUCUAUCAGCCUUCGUAUCUGUCAAUCAACAAUGAAGUUGAGGAGAAGACCAUAUCUAUUUGGCAUGUGCUUCCUGAUGACAAGAAAGGUAUACAUGAGUGGAAUUUUAGUGCUUCUUCUGUCAGGGGAGUGAGUAUUUCUAAAUUUGAAGAACGGUGCUGUUUUCUUUAUGUGCUUCACAAUUCCGACGAUUUCCAAAUCUAUUUCUGUACAGAACUUCACUGUAAAAAGUUUUUUGAAAUGGUGAACACCAUUACUGAAGAGAAGGGGAGAAAUACAGAGGAAGGAGAUUGUGAAAGUGACUCCCUGGAGUAUGACUAUGAAUAUGAUGAAAAUGGUGACAGAGUUGUUUUAGGAAAAGGUACUUAUGGAAUAGUUUAUGCGGGCCGUGAUCUAAGCAACCAAGUCAGAAUCGCCAUUAAGGAAAUCCCAGAGAGAGAUAGCAGAUACUCCCAGCCGCUACAUGAAGAAAUAGCAUUGCAUAAGCAUCUGAAGCACAAAAAUAUUGUCCAGUAUCUGGGCUCUUUCAGUGAGAAUGGUUUCAUUAAAAUCUUCAUGGAGCAAGUCCCAGGAGGAAGUCUUUCUGCUCUCCUUCGCUCCAAAUGGGGCCCACUGAAAGACAACGAGCAAACCAUUGGCUUUUAUACAAAGCAAAUACUGGAAGGAUUAAAGUACCUCCAUGAUAAUCAGAUAGUUCACCGGGAUAUAAAGGGUGACAACGUGUUGAUUAAUACCUAUAGUGGUGUUCUCAAGAUCUCUGAUUUCGGGACAUCAAAGAGGCUGGCUGGCAUAAAUCCAUGUACUGAAACUUUUACUGGUACCCUUCAGUAUAUGGCACCGGAAAUAAUAGACAAAGGACCGAGAGGCUACGGGAAGGCAGCAGACAUUUGGUCUUUGGGCUGCACGAUCAUUGAAAUGGCCACUGGAAAGCCACCCUUUUAUGAACUGGGAGAACCACAAGCAGCGAUGUUCAAGGUGGGAAUGUUUAAAGUCCAUCCAGAGAUUCCAGAGUCCAUGUCGGCAGAGGCCAAGGCAUUCAUACUGAAGUGUUUCGAACCAGACCCUGACAAGAGAGACUGUGCUAACGACUUGCUGAUGGAUGAGUUUUUAAAAGUUUCAAGCAAAAAGAAAAAGACACAACCUAAGCUUUCAGCUCUUUCAGCUGGAUCGAAUGAGUAUCUCAGGAGCAUCUCCUUGCCUGUGCCUGUCCUGGUGGAGGACACCAGCAGCAGCAGCGAAUACGGCUCCGUUUCUCCAGACACGGAGUUGAAGGUGGACCCCUUCUCCUUCAAAACAAGAGCCAAGUCCUGCGGAGAAAAAGAUGUCAAAGGAAUACGGACGCUCUUUCUGGGCAUCCCUGAUGAAAAUUUUGAAGACCACAGCGCUCCACCUUCUCCUGAGGAAAAAGAUUCUGGGUUCUUUAUGCUGAGGAAGGACAGUGAGAGACGGGCCACGCUUCACAGGAUCCUGACGGAAGACCAAGACAAAGUCGUGAGAAACUUAAUGGAAUCUUUGGCUCAGGGGGCAGAAGAACCUAAACUAAAGUGGGAGCACAUCACAACCCUCGUCACAAGCCUCAGAGAAUUUGUGAGGUCCACCGACCGAAAGAUCAUAGCCACCACCCUGUCGAAGCUGAAGCUGGAGCUGGACUUUGACAGCCACGGCAUCAGUCAAGUCCAGGUGGUGCUCUUUGGUUUUCAAGAUGCUGUCAAUAAAGUGCUUCGGAAUCAUAACAUCAAGCCACACUGGAUGUUUGCCUUGGACAGUAUCAUCCGAAAGGCAGUGCAGACGGCCAUUACCAUUCUGGUUCCAGAACUGAGGCCACAUUUUAGCCUUGCAUCUGAGAGUGAUACUGCUGAUCAAGAAGACCUAGAUGCCGAAGACGACCAUGAGGAACAGCCUGCAAAUCAAACUGUCCGAAGACCUCACGCGGUCCUUGAAGAUGCUGUGGCUACCUCAGGGGUGAGCACGCUGAGUUCUACUGUAUCCCACGACUCCCAGAGUGCUCACCGACCACUGAACGUACAGCUUGGAAGGAUGAAAAUAGAGACAAAUAGAUUACUGGAAGAAUUGGUUCAGAAAGAGAAAGAAUUACAAGCACUCCUUCAUCAAGCUAUUGAAGAAAAAGACCAAGAAAUUAAACACCUGAAGCUUAAGUCCCAACCAAUAGAUAUUCCUGGAUUGCCUGUGUGUCACCCAAAUUCUCCUGGCACAAAUACUGAAGAUUCUGAGCUUACUGACUGGCUGAGAGAAAAUGGAGCCGAUGAAGACACUAUAAGUCGGUUUUUGGCUGAGGAUUAUUCACUAGUGGAUGUUCUCUACUAUGUUACACGUGAUGAUUUAAAAUGCCUGAGACUAAGAGGAGGGAUGCUGUGUGCCCUGUGGAAAGCCAUCACUGACUUUCGAGACAAACAGACUUGACCGUCACUCGAUUUGUUUGCAACUUUCCCUGGAGAUUCCACAAACGAAUAUGGACCUGGUCUUUUUGGGGAGGGAGAAUCGAAGGGAGAGGAGAAAGAAGCUGCACUUUAAAUCCAGUAUUUGUUUACUUGUGUCAAAAACAAAACAAAACAAAACACACUGAAAUUUCCUGCUUCUAUUUCUAUGAUUCAUAAGGACUCUUUGUAAGGACUCAGAAGAAUCCUAAACGCUGGGAUGUUUGGGAUCAUGUUAGUCUAAACAUUUUUAUGGGAAUAUUUUUAAUUCAGCAGCUAUCGCACUUCAGCCACAGGUUUAUCUCACACGAAACGAAGAGGACAUUUCAUGUGACUGUGCAUCACUGGAACAAAACCAAAAUGUGACCAUAACUUUUCAGGCUUAUGUGUGUUUGUAAUAUGCCCUGAUAAUCUGAGUAGAAAUGCGUAAUUUUGAUCAUUGUAUAAAGUUCAUGGGUUGUUUUUUUAAAGUGUGCAGAAUCUGAGAGUGAUGGUUUUUACUUACCUGUAUUAAUUGUAAUAUUGACUAUAUUUUGUAACUUAAGUUUCCGGCUUAGAGUACAUUCGUUUGAGUCAUUUAUGUACUACUGAACUGUACCAGUUGUACCUGCCCGAAUCCUAGUAAUGUUAGCUUGUUCUAAAGCUAUCCAUUGUGUCAUAUUUACUCAAAAAAGUAAAAGGACUCUCCACAGAC